AUGUUCUCCAGCAUCAUCAAGCUAGAAAAUGAAGUUCGUGUUACAUACCAGUUCUUUCAUUGGAAAAAAGUAACCCCGUUUGCCGAUGAUCAGGGCAUCUACAAUAGGUUGACUUGGUGGGAACAGAUUGACAACAGCAAGCAACUCACUCGGAACAGAAAGUUUCUCACCGUUGUUCCCGUUGUGCUACUCGUUGGGCCUGCAUGGGCUAUUCUACUGGACAAAACUAUGAAGGAUGACGUAGUGAAGAUUAAGCGAAUAGGUGAUAGAAUUAUUAUGCUCAAAUCGGUACUAGGAAAUAAGUUCAUCUAUGUAAUUAGUGCUUAUGCUCCACAAAUAGGAUUGGAUGCGGAAACUAAAGUCAAGUUCUGGAAAAACAUGGAUGACUUAGUGUGUCGUAUAGGCAAUGAGGAUAACAUUUUCAUUGGAGGACAUUUCAAUGGGCAUGUUGGUAAAGAUAGGAAAAACUUUGAAAGGAUCCACGGUGGUUUUGGUUUUGGAGCUCGAAACGAAGAAGGGAAAUCUAUUUUGGAAUUUGCAAGGACUAAGAUAAACCACCUCCCACGAACUCGUUGGUGGCAUUUGAAGGGAAUAAAGCAAUUGACCUUUAAAGAGAAAUUGUUAGAGGAGGCUACUUUGUCAUAUAUAGGUGAUGCAAAUACUAUGUGGGAUGCCAUGGCCAGCUGCAUUAGAAAAGUGGCAAAGGAGGUACUAGGGGAAUCUAGAGGUAAAGGCCCCCUUAGGAAAGAAACCUGGUGGUGGAGUGAGGAAGUUCAAAAGGCUAUUAGGACCAAGAGGGAUUUAUAUAGAGAUUUAUCAAAGCGUAAAGAUGUUGAAACUUUUAAUAAGUACAAAGAAGCGAAGAAAGAAGCUAAGCGAGCAGUUGGUAAGGCUCGUUCUACUUACUUAGAUGAGGUAUAUAGGAAAUUUAGGACUAGAGAAGGAAAGAAGGAUAUACAUAAACUAGCUAAGAUAAGAGAAAGGACGUGUCAGGACCUAAAUCAAGUGAGGUCACAAGGAGAACCUAAUGUGAUGUAUGCAAGAGCAAUCAAAGUCUCAGAAAUUAAAACUGCACUACAAAAGAUGAAAAAUGGGAAGGCAUGUGGGCCAGAUGAUAUUCCAAUAGAGGUUUGGAUGGUGUUAGGAGAUGCUGGAAUUGUGUGGCUCACUAAGCUUUUUAAUGAGAUACUAAAGAAGAAGCAUAUGCCUAAUGAGAGAGUUAUCGAAAGGAGAUUAAGGGCCACAACUACCAUCUCAGGUAACCAAUUUGGCUUCAUGCCAGGUAAAUCAACCACGAAAGCUAUUUUUCUUCUUAGGAUGCUAAUAGAAAGGUACAGAGAAGCCAAGACGGACCUACAUAUGGUCUUUAUGGAUUUAGAAAAGGCAUAUGAUAGGGUGCCGAGAGAAGUUUUAUGGUGGGUGCUAGAAAUGAGAGGAGUGCAUGUGAGGUAUAUUAAGGUAAUUAAGGACAUGUACGAUGGGGUGGUCACGAGUGUGAGAACCGCUGGAGGCUACACGGCAGAGUUCCCCAUUCUGAUCGGCCUUCAUCAAGGAUCUACUCUUAGACCUUAUCUUUUCACCGUCGUAAUGGAUGAGCUGAUAAGAGAAAUCCAAGAUAGAAUUUGGAGCGGAGUUCCAAAGCACGUUGCCGUUGAGAAGCAAUACUUGUACACCUAA